AUGAACCCCGCCCUGCGCCGCCAGCAUGGGGUUGUUUGUUCGAGCUGCCAGGGCCCCUAUAAGAUCCCGGUGACCUUUAAAGGGUGCAAGCACAAGUUCUGCCGCUUCUGUGUCACCCCCUUCAAGGGGGAGUUGGGCACAGCCACCUCCUGCCCCCUGUGCCACAAGGCCCCUAGGCACAGAGAGGACAAGCCCCAGGGGCAGCCGGGCAGCGGGGCAGAUGAAGCUGAAAAAAUCAGUCUGGAAGUGGGUGAAGAGCCUGAGGUGGAGCGUGAGUGCGGGGAACACCAGGCGAUUCUGGACCUGUUCUGCACAGAGGAUCAAUCCCCCAUCUGCAUGAGCUGCAGGGACUCCCAGGCUCACUGCGCUCACACUGUGGUUCCCAUUGAGGAGGCUGCCCAGGAGUACAAGAGGAAGCUGCAGACAGCAGUGGAGCUCCUGAAAAAGCAGACGGAGGAGGCUUGGGAGCUGAAAUACCAGGAGGGAAAGAAGACAGCUGACUGGAAGGAGAAGACGCACUAUCAGAGAAUGUGCAUCGAGAUCGAAUUUGAGAAGCUGCAUGAGUUCCUGAAUGAGGAAGAGGAGCAGCUGCUGCGGAAACUGAGGAAGGAGGAGAAAGAGACCCUGAAGAAGCUGCAUGGGAAUAUAAUAAAGCUCUCAGAACAGCGCUCCUCUCUGCAGAAGCUGAUCACGGAGAUAGAGGAGAAGUGUCAGCAACCAGCUGCCGCUUUGCUGAAGGAUGUGAAAGACACAUUGACCAGGAGUGAAAAUAUUCAAGUGCAGGAACCUGAAGCUGUGUUUACUGAACUGAAGAACAUAUACAACAUUCCUAACAUUGAUAUUAUUGACAUUCUAAGGAAAUUCAAAGUGGAUGUGACUCUCGACCCAGACACGGCUCACCCCAACCUCAUCCUGUCUGAGGACAGGAGAAGCGUGACACACGGAGGCACGCGACAGGAGCUGCCCGGCAAUCCUGAGCGAUUUGAUCCUUAUAUCAUAGUGCUGGGCUCCAGGAGGUUCACGUCAGGGAAGUGUUACUGGGAGGUGGAGGUGGGCGACAAGGUGGAGUGGGACGUGGGGGUGUGCAGAGAAUCUGUGGGCAGGAAGGGGCAGGUUAUAUUGUCUCCUAGCAAUGGAUUCUGGAGAGUUUGGUUGAGGAAUGGAGAUAAGUACAAGGCCCUGAUCUCCCACCCAACCCCCCUCACUGUCAGCGUGCAGCCCAGCCGGGUGGGGAUUUUCCUAGACUACAAGGCAGGCGAGAUCUCGUUUUACAAUGUGACAGACAGGACCCAUCUGUAUUCAUACAGCGGAGCCUUCUAUGGGGUUCUGCGGCCUUUCUUCAGCCCCGGCCUCCAUCGGGGAGGUGAAAAUACUGCUCCGCUGACAAUCUGCUCAAAGUCUCUGGGCUAG